AUGGAUGAGGUACUAGGGAAAACAACCAAGAGCAAGAGGAUCCAUAUGGUAGAAAGAAAAAACAGAAAAAGAAGUGUUGGUAAACCCAAAACGAAACAUCUUGAAGCCAGAGCUAUUGGACCUAACCGCUUUAAGUUCACCAGUUAUCGUGGAGUGACUAUGAGGAAGAUGAUUUCUAUCCUGAUAGAUAGUUGGGAUUCAGUGGAUCAAUGUGACAAAGAUCAAUUGUGGUUAAACAUAAAGAAUUAUUGGCAUAUACGAGAUGAUGAUCAUAAAGCACAAGUACUUAGAGAUUGCAACACGCAUUGGAAGGCCUACAAGUCGGAGCUUCUUAAGUUGUGGGACAAUGGUGUCAAUCCAGUAAAAAAAUACCCGCACCUUAACAAAGCAAUGUGGAAAAAUUUCCUUGUUCUAAAAUCCACGGAAGAAUUUGAGAACAUUUGGAAGGACAAAAAACCAUUUUCUAGUAAGGAAUUGGAGGAACGUGUUAAAAUAUGGAUGAAAACUUUUGGUGAUAAAGUGAAGCCUUUUUGUAAGGCAUACAAUGAAUCAACCACAAAGGGGAAAGAGAGGUUAGAGGUGACAAAGGGGAAAGAGAGCUUUGCAGAAAUUGAAAAGUUUGUUUCAGUUGGAAUGGUGAUCCAUGUGUUCCACUACAUCCAUGGACUGGAAUUGGCUGUUUAA